CUCAACAUAUUUAGUGUAACAUUGUCCACUUUUAGUAUAGUGCAUGUCCAAUUGAAGUAAUGGAUCAUGCAUCUUUGAUUGUGUCCUCUGAAUCUCUGAUUGUGCCUUCUGUUCAGGAAAUAGUAAAGGAGCCAUUGACAAGAGUUCCAGAGCGUUAUGUUCGUCCACAUCAUGACCGUCCAAUAAUAUCUACAACAACACCUUUGCUUGAGCUUCCUGUUAUUGACUUUAGCAAAUUGUUUUCCCAAGAUCUCACUAUAAAAGGACUAGAACUGGAUAAACUACACUCUGCCUGCAAAGAAUGGGGUUUUUUCCAGCUGAUUAAUCAUGGAGUGAGCACUUCAUUGGUGGAAAAUGUGAAGAUGGGUGCUAAGGAAUUCUACAAUCUUCCAAUUGAAGAGAAAAAGAAAUUUAGUCAGAAAGAAGGAGAUGUGGAAGGAUAUGGUCAGGCCUUUGUAAUGUCCGAGGAACAGAAAUUGGAUUGGGCAGAUAUGUUUUUUAUGAUUACUUUGCCAUCACAUAUGAGGAAACCUCAUUUAUUUCCUAAACUCCCCUUACCAUUCAGUUAUAACAAACGGAAUUUAUCCAAGCAUUGAUCAUCGAGCAAAAGUGAACUUAAAAAAGGAAAGACUUUCUAUAGCAACAUUUUACAGCCCUGGUAUGGAAGUAAUGUUACGCCCAGCGCCAACCCUUGUUACUCCAAAAACACCAGCACUAUUCAAACCAAUUGGUGUAACUGAUUUCUGCAUAGGAUACCUUAGCAAAGAACUCCGUGGAAAAUCAUUUCUUGAUAGUUUGAGGAUCCAAAAUGAAGAUGAGAAACAUGUACACUUGGGUAUUGAAUGAUCAACGAUGGAAAUUAUACUGGAGUAUUAUAUAAGCUCGAAAAGCAUGUAUGUACUUUUUGAGGGAAAGCAUCCAUGUACUUCAAACUUCUAUAUGAUUGUAAAAAUAAACAAUAAAAGCUUUGUAUUAAAUAGACACUAU